CCCCCCUCUUUUAAUCCGCUGCCCCUCCGUCGUCAUCAGAGAGAGAGAGAGAGAGAGAGAGAGAGAGAGAGAGAGAUGGUGGUAGGAGAGCAGAGUAGGCAGUGAGGCCAAGGGGUUCCUCCACGUCCCAAGAAGCCUGCCGAUUGCUAAGGAGGAGCCGUGCAUGCGUCCCCAUGGCGGACGGCUCAGCUUGCUGAGGGACACAGAGGGAGAAAGGAUCAUCUUCAGAAAAAGGCAACAAUUUCUUUCACACGGUCCUGUGAAAAAGGAAGGGGCUGUGAGUAUCUGUUCAUCCGCAUUUGGGUUGUUUCCUUCCAUCUCUGAAGGCCUGGGGAAUUAAUUCGAUCUCGGCGCCGGCGUCGGCGUGUUUCGCCGGUCCGCUGCCAAGAAAACCGAGGAUCAAUCAGAAGAUUGUUCCGGCGCUCGGGUCUUCCCUGCCUGUGAGAUUCUGAAUCGCCGGAGGCCGAAGGACUGAGACUCCGCCGGAGGCGUGGCCUGCAUGUUUGCUCCGCCCUCUUCCUUCCUUCUGCGUGUGUAGAUCCUUGCGAGGUAUUCCUCUCCGGCGUGCCAAGUUUCUCGAUUCUGGACGUGGAUUCCAAGUCUUGGGGGUGGGGGCAUCCUUCCUCGUGGAAACCGAGGAGGCACGGCAAUAACAAGGAGGGUUUCCUGCUCUGCCAGAAGAUCAUUCCAAUCUGUUUUCUCCCGUCUUCAGUUGGCUUCUUCAUUGCUGAGAGCCGGGAGGUCGGAUUCUGAGUUAAUCUCUGAAUAUCGGUGCCGAGUCUCGAGAGGCGGAACACAAGGCGAUUCAGAAGAUUCAGCAGUCUGUUUUACAAGAACAGAGGUCAGGGCGACAACCUGGUUGUCACUUGGUGGGUCCUGUGAUCAACACUCGCCGGUAAACAGGUUAACUCGUCUGAAGAGAGUCCUUACAAGAUAACACCGUUUGGCCAUGUUGUCCCCCAACAUGGCAAACAAAAGUUACAAACAGCGGAAUGAGAAGGUUCAGGUUGGUUGUAUGUCGGGGCUGAUCCGCAUGUUCGACUUCCGUCGUGGUCAAAAAUAUCUUUCAGAUGGGAGCCGACGGAUGAAUACAUAUUCAGUUAAAAGGGGUCUAAAAGGCUCUGAGGAUUACAACAGAAUCACGGCUGCAGAUAAUGACAGAGACCAUGGAGCUGAAACAUUUUAUGCCGGUAGGCCAAGUAUUAGAGCACUGAUGGAAGAAGAGAUGGCCAGUGGCACACAGCCCUUGAAGCAAACAGAAAGAAACACGCUGGGGAUAUUCUCUAGUGAUGUUAAGUCUGUGAAUCUGCCUGAAGGAUCUGAGAUUGACCUAAACUUGGCUGCGAGUCUCAUGGAAAUUUACAGAAGUCACAAUGGAAGUCAAGACAGCAGCGAUUCUGUUAAAUCCGGUAACAUUUCUUAUUCAGUUGACCAAGAGAACAAUGCUGAUGCUGGUGCACAUCCCAGUCGGAUACCCUGUGUUAUUCAAAAAGCACUAGAAGAUGUGGCCGAAGCGGUAAUAAGCCAUCAAUCAGCGAAUGCAGAAUACAUAACCAGCAGCGGCGAAGCUAGGUCCAAAGAACUGGUUGACGCACUGCAGCUGCUGAGCUCAAACAAAGAGUUGUUUCUGAUGCUUCUGCGAGACCCGAGCUCUAGAUUGUUACAGUGCCUCCAAAACCUCUAUACAUCCCUAGGAGGUCCCAAGUUAGAACCCGCAGAUUCUGAUGAAGUAACUAAGUUGCAAGGUGCGACUAACGGCAUAGAGCAGUCGGAGGUGUCACCAAGUAAAGUGCAAAGAAAGUAUAAUUCUUUCUUGCAAGAGGAUAAGUUAGUCAUGAGGAAACCAUCACAGCUAAAUGAUACUUCCCGUGGCCUUAGCACAAUAGUAAUCUUGAAGCCAAGUCCUGCAAGAAGUCAGGGUAGCCUUCUCUCAAGUAGUGUAACUUCUUCACCACUAUCAAAUCAUAAUAAUACGCCAGGUCAGGUUGAAAGUGGCAAAGCUCCUCACCAUUUCUCUCUUAGAGAGCUUAGAAGGAGGCUAAAGCUUGCCACCAUGAGUAGUAGCACUUUCCAGACUGCUGAUCCACCCAAGCAGUUUGCUGUGGAAAGUAUGUCGAUAAGUUCAGAAAGUACAGAUUCUUCUGACUGUGAGAUAGCUAAGGAACCAUCCAGUGUUGACAAGAAAACAAACUUUAGAGAUAGUGGAAUUGGCAUGGGGAAUGAUGCCACUCAUGGUGUCGGCUCUUUUUCCUAUGAAAAGGCUAGGAAGCAUCUCAUUGAGAAGCUAGACAAUCAAGAUGAAGACAUUUCUCAGACUGUACAAAAAUCAGAAUCCAUUGGGAGAUUAAUUUCACAUCCGGAAGAUGGGGCAUUUUCUCCCAGUCAUUCCCCUCCAAAGGAGGGCAUUAGUAUAUCUCAGGAAGCUACAGACUCAAGUUCACAGAUAAUUGAGCAAGAUGAUAGUUCAGCAAAUUUUAGCCCACCAAGCGAAGACGAAGAGACAGAACCGACCAGUGCAAGCUCUUCAGGUAGUAAAGAGUUGGAUGAACUCAGGACAGAUCAUGGCAACCAUCUAUCGGAGGAGAACACUAUUUCUCAGGAGCUAAUCGAUGAAGAUGUUAAGAACAUGCAAGAUGCAGUGGAAAACCUACAGCUCUCUACCGAGGUUGAAACUACAAGUGAAAGCUUUGAACAAAUAAAUUCAGACCAAUUAUCUUCCGAAGAACCACAGCCCACGAAUGCGUUACCAGAAGUGACCAUGCAUUCUCCUGAGCACCCCGUUGAGGAACAAGACGAUCACAGUCCAUCAGCAGUCGUUGGAUUAGCCAAGCCAUCCAUGUUGACAUUUGCUUGCUUGCCAGAGAAUGCUGAUGAAAAAGAGGAGAAACUGAGCCCACACUCGGUUCUGGAUCCUUCCUUGGCAAAUAGUACCAGUCCCAACCAUAAAACUCGAAAGCAAGAUGAGUUGUCCAUGCCUAGCUCAAGAGUUCUUUUCGAAGAACUUGACACUCCAUCUGAGACGUUGCAGACUCCUGUUCUUUAUGAUAAAAAUGAAAGGGUUUCCUUCAUUAAGUCUGUGCUAGAAGCGUCAGAAUCGCUGGCCGGGGGCUGUUCGGAGAGGUGGUAUAUGGAUGUGUCUGUGCUUGAGACAUCUGUAUUGGCUGAAAUAGGAAUGUCAUACUGCCUGACGGACGAUGUGGUUCUUCUUUUUGAUUGUGUUGAGGAAGUUCUUCUCAAGAUAAGCGAUGAUUUCUUCGGUGCUGACCCAUGGGUAGCUUUUCUGAAGAACAACGUGAGACCAGCACCACUGGGGAUGGAACUCGUUAGAGAGGUGGCCAAGUGCAUCGAUUGUCUUGUCGAUGAUACUGGAACUCCAAAAGCAUUAGAUGAGGUGGUGCUGAAAGACCUGGAAAGUGGACCGUGGAUGGACCUUCGAUGCGAUGCUGAAGAUGCUGUCAUUGAUGUGUGGGAUGGCAUGCUUGACGACUUACUGGAGGAGAUGGUAUUUGACCUGUGGUUUUAAGAUUGUAGAUCUUUGUAGUCAUCCAUGAAGUUACAUCGGAUCAAACCCGGCCUUUUGGCCGUAUGGGAAAAAAAAAGUUACAUCGGAAAAAACUGAAAAAGGAUUUAAUAGAUUUAGCGGUGUUUUCUUCUAUAGAGAUGAGGAUUCAGCAAUGUCCUGUUAUAAGGAGGUAAUGGAAAAGUAAAGUGAGUAUGAUAGAUGAGAUCUCAAAAGAUUAUAGAGUUAGGCAGUUCAUCAUGAUAGGGUUGAAUCCCAUUUCCCGGAUGGAGCAAAUAACAGUUUUAUUUCACAGCCCGGCGCUGUUAGUUGUAUAAUCCUGAAUAAAUGUGGUUCCAAACACUAGGAAUUGUUUGGUUAUGCUUUACUUCUCACUUCAUGGUGUUGGUUGUAAAGGUGUGAGAAUAGGAAAUAUGAGUUUGGGUGUGUAUAGAUUGUUCCCUUGACUGUCUGAAGAAUAAUUUCCCUCAAGGGCAGGAUAUAUAAUUCUCCCUGUUUAUGAUA